AUGAGAAUGGUGUCAAUCAUGUGUCGGAAUUUUGAUAUUAGCGGGGUUGGGUUAGAUUUGGUUGCUUCUGGGUGCUCCUCCAAUCGAUGUGGAACUUCUUAUUUUGGAUUCUCCUUCAGGAACUGCUUAAAGGAAACAGCUAGGAGUGUUAUCAGAGGAUAUGGAAGCCGGAAAUUGGUGUACAGGCGGAAUAAAAGUGCUGGGUGUGGAAGACUUUCGGCUGCGCAGACCCCUGAGGCAUUGCUGAAUGGGGUUGCUCAGGAUCCUAAUUCUACAUUGGAUGUCAACCUGAAGCCUAGUCCCCCUGUUUCUGUAUCAAAUUUAAUGGAAGUGGUUGCUGAUGACCUCCUGACUCUGAAUAAAAAUCUCAUGUCAAUUGUUGGUGCAGAAAACCCAGUUUUAGAGUCUGCAGCAGAGCAGAUAUUUAGUGCUGGCGGAAAGAGACUACGACCAGCUUUAGUAUUCCUAGUGUCAAGAGCUACAACAGAAAUUGCAGGGCUAAAGGAAAUCACCCCACAACAUCGACGUUUAGCAGAGAUAAUUGAAAUGAUCCACACUGCCAGCUUGAUACAUGAUGAUGUAUUAGAUGAGAGUAGCAUGCGAAGAGGGAAGGAAACCAUUCACCAACAGUAUGGUACGCGGGUGGCAGUACUGGCAGGAGAUUUCAUGUUUGCGCAGUCGUCAUGGUACCUUGCAAAUCUUGAAAACAUUGAAGUCAUAAAGCUUAUCAGCCAGGUCAUUAAGGACUUUGCAAGUGGUGAAAUAAAACAGGCAUCGAGCCUGUUCGACUGUGAUGUUAAACUUGAAGAAUAUUUAAUCAAGAGCUACUACAAAACAGCCUCCUUAAUUGCUUCGAGCACCAAAGGUGCUGCUAUUUUUAGUGGAAUGGACAGCAGCAUAUGUGAGAAGAUGUUUGAAUAUGGAAAGAACCUUGGCCUAUCAUUUCAAGUUGUUGAUGAUAUAUUGGAUUUCACUCAGUCAGCAGAGCAGCUAGGGAAGCCUGCUGCCAGUGACCUGGCAAAAGGAAACCUGACUGCACCUGCCAUUUUUGCUCUAGAGAAAGAGCCAAAACUGAGAGAGCUCAUUGAAUCUGAAUUUGUUGAGUCUGGUUCCUUGGAGGAGGCUAUUGAAUUAAUUAAUAAAUGUGGAGGAAUUGAAAGGGCACGAGCCUUAUCUGAAGAGAUUGCUGCGCUGGCGAUCCAGAACCUGCAAUGCCUUCCUAUGAAUGAGUUCAGAUCUUCACUUGAAGGAGUGGUGAGGUAUAAUCUUGAACGAAUUGAUUAGAUGAUUAUCCCAUAGAAGAUUAGAAGUAGAAUGAUCUCAAGCCUCUCAAAGUCUCUCCUCAGCUAGUGCCAGAUUCAAUAUACUUAUUUAUUGUCUGCUUCUUUUCCCCCUUUAUUUGAUUUAUUUACCUCACCCAUACUACUCCAUUUAAGCUCAGAGUAGUGCCUCCCAUGAGAAGUGUUUGCUGAAGCCAAAAGCUGUAUGCUUCAUGCCUCUGCCGGUGUGGAAAUUUGUUCAGUGAAAUAAAGACUGAGCAUAAAAAAUUCUUCAAGCAUUACCUUUCAGUGUUAAUACCCAUCUGGCAUAAAGAGUUGGCAAUAUAGGUUAUAGAUGCAAAAGUGUUGAGACAUGAUCAUCACAAAAUGUAAUUUAUUGGAUAUUUGAAUUAACCCUUUUCAGAUCUGUCUUAAGAGGGAGAUGCCAUUGUUUAUGUAUCAAUACUUUCAGAAUAUCAAUCAUCAUCUGUCUCA